UUGGUUCUGCUGAGAGGAGUAGUGACUUUGUCACUCUGUUUUAAUCCCAUGACCUGAUACAAAACCAAUCUAAGACCAAAUAGGAUGAGGAUGGUGUCCUGUGCAAUGUCAGAUAAGGAGCUGGAGAUCUCUGUGGCCAUUGAUGACCCAAAAGCUUGCUUUACCAUCGCCCUGCGCCUUUCAUGGCCAUUGCUACCCCUGCAAAGUGGGUGUUGCAUGCGUCUGCCCAGUCCAGAGGUGCAUUACAUCAUCUUUGCAUUAGUGUGAAGUGUUGGGUGGUGGAGAGUCAGGCUCAGAAGUAGGUCAGUAUAACACUGGCUUCCAUCCAUUUAGCCUCAUCUCUACGGUUGUCCCAGCAUUACUUCAGACUGGUAAAGUCUGGUAGUACUGAGGAGAGAUGGUAACAUCAACAGAAGGUGAGAAGAACAGUGCUGAGCAAUCAGCUCUGGAACUCCAGGCUGAAAUUUGGUGCUUUUUCUGUGAACAGACCAAAGGGUGUGUCUCUUCAGGGAGUUCUUGAUUCCAUCAACUGUUGUUCUUUAGGAGGCUUGUGGUGCCAUUCUCAUACAGGUUUCUGACUGUGCCUUUAAGUGCAGUGGCCUGGGAAGGAUGUAGGGGUGGAAGAAGACAGCCCCAGGUAGCUGCAGUUUUCAAAAGCCAGCACCUCGCAGGAAGUGCUAGCAAUGGGUGUAAGUGUCUGCCUGGAGGGCCUGACUCAGUACAACUCUCCGAAAUACGUACGCAUUCAGAGUGUUACAUGGGGAUGUCUGAAAGCUUUCGUUUAUUUAACUUUUGCUGUGUCUGUUUGUUGUAUAGUCAUGAUUUUCAGACUCCAUCAGGAGGAGGAUGAAGUUGACAGCUCAGUUCGCACUAGUGUGAAGGGAGUGACUUUCACAAACAACAGGAUCUGGGAUACAGCAGAAUACACUAUACCAAUGCAGGCAACAAACUCUUUUUUCGUGAUGACCAACAUCAUUAAGACAGAGAAUCAGCUUAAGCAGAGUUGCCCUGAGUAUCCCUUCGCCAAAGCUAUCUGCUCUUCAGACAACGACUGUAAAAAUGGGAGUGCAGAUAUCCACAGUAAUGGAAUUCAAACAGGAAGAUGUGUGGUUUAUAAUGCAACUUUUAAAACCUGCGAGGUCAAUGCAUGGUGCCCUGUGCAAUACAUGGGAGAACCCCCUGAGCCUGCUGUUCUGAGGAGUUCUGAAGACUUCACUGUGCUAAUAAAGAACAACAUUCAAUUCCCAAAAUUUAAUUACACCAUACUAAAUAUUCCAACAAUUUUUAAUACUUCCUGCACAUACAACAAGACAAUUUUCCCACUCUGUCCCAUUUUCCGUCUGGGAGAUAUCGUUCAGGAAGCAAAACAGAAGUUUUCUGAGAUGGCAGUAAAGGGAGGAAUCAUUGCCAUCAAGAUUAACUGGGACUGUAACUUGGACAGCUGGUUUUAUGACUGCAGUCCGAAGUAUGGUUUCCAGCGCCUUGAUGACAAAAAAAUAAUGCCUGGAUUCCACUUCAGAUACGCAAAGUAUUACAAGCUACCAGAAGGGAAGGAGCAGAGAACCCUUUACAAAGUCUAUGGAAUACGGUUUGAUGUCAUUGUCUUCGGCACAGGUAGAAAAUUUAACAUCAUUGAACUCAUGAGAAACAUUGGGUCCAUGAUCUCCUAUUUUGGUUUGGUUGCGAGUGCCAUUGAAGUUGUUCUUUCUAUUGUUCGUUACUCCAGCUGCGGCAAAUCAGCAUUCUGCAAAAUUUACAACAGGAAAAAGUAUGAGACUGUGCUGAAUCCAAGACAGGUGAUGUAUGUGUCCUAUGUUGAUGAGCCACAUGUUACCUUGAUAAAGGAGCCUCUGAAAACAAGCUUGCAGCAUGCUCAAGGCAGCAUUGUUGAGAGCCACCCUGUGAAAUUCUGUGAUGCUGGCAGCUGCUGCACCAGUGAGUCCAAUGAACACUGUGAUAAUGAAGAAUCUGAGCCAAUGCGCUCCACUGAGUCCAACAAGAACGAUGAUAAUGAAGAACACGAGCUGAGGCAACCUCUUAGACAAGACGCCUCUUCCCCAGGCAGCCCAAAGUGGUGCUGCUGUGGGAAAUGCCUGCCAACACAGAAGUACCAUGAGCAGCUCUGCUGCCGAAGGAAAAAAGGGCAGUGCAUCACAACCUCCCACUGGUUUCAGCAGCUGGUGCUGUCCAGUCGCACCCUGAAGAAAGCCCUUCUCUACAAAGACCCCUUUCUGGACUUGACGGAUGGCAAUAUCAAGAACCAGAUGCGCCGCCUUGCUUUCAGGCAAUACAUUCACUGGCGCUUUGGCUCUUUUGAUCUGGAAGACAGAGCCGUCAUCCCAAGCUGCUGCAGGUGGCAAAUUAGAGAUACUUAUCCCAAAGCAGGCAACAACUAUACUGGUUUUAAGGUGGAAUGAGGAUGUAGCACAACUUGAGAUCAUACUGUGGCUCUCCUUGGAUGUUUAACCUUUGUUCUCUUUCAUGGACCUUCUUUAAAAAAAAAAAAGAAGAAAGCGUGUGACUUCCCAAAAUCUUCUGUAGUACUGUAGCUGAAUUUUUGUAUGCUGUUUUUGGAGAGGCACAAUAGCCUACUGCUUAGCAUAGAGGAACAAACACCUUGAGCUAAAGUGCUUGCUUCUGCUUCUGCUUCAUUCUGUGAGUCACCCCACAUGGUUUGGAAAUGUAGGCUCUGGGGUGAAUUCUUAAGCACUACAUUUCAGUGGGAGGUUCUGGGCCUCCUGCCUUCGCACUGGUGCGUAACAGAAUCCCAUCUGAGCCAGGAGGUGACCAGCACCCUGAAAAUAAGAUGGAGCCAAGAGUAAUCUCAAAGCAUGACCCCUUGAAGGAAAGAAGUCCAAAAGUGAUAUCAUUUGAAAACGUGAGCAUUUUUCUCCCCCAGCCUCACCACUUUUCUGCAGGCCUGGCUCAAGAAGCUCUAGAAAGAGGCCACUGAGCAUGGAGUUUCAUAACUCGCUGUUGAAGGCCUCGUGGUCUGUCCGGAUCAGACAGGCUCAUUUUAGACGAUUUCAAUGACACAGACAAAGCAUUUUCUGAAAAGCCGAGCUGUUCUCUUUGUAUUACUCCUUUUAGCUUGAACUCAGGAAUUACAGUGAAAAGUACUUUUACCGUCUUCGUGUAAUAUUUUUGGACAUUUCAUUUGCAGUGUUGGACUUUGGCCUUCUGUUUGCUCCUAACUUCAAACAGGCCUUGCCUCCUACACCUCCUCCUACUGAACUUGGCACGGUGCGAGUGGCUUUGUGCUACGAUGCAUAAGGCCAGAGUAGAGCCAAGGCGCAGCAAAUUCAGGGUAGAUUAACCUGUGGUCCAACACCUUUUCAAUUCUUUCUUUUUUGUUAUACUUGGACAUGUUCUAUUUUUAUAGAAACAAGGUGAGAAGGAUUGUAACAUGUAUAUUCUGCACUCCUUUCAACUGAGCUUUGUUCUUUCUGAGCUAACACAGCAGUUUGCCAUUUGUACUUCCCACAUAUAUUUUAAGAUACAUUGCUGGCAGAUUAUGCCAACUGCAUUUGUAUCUUUAGUUGUAAUAUGCAUUAAUUGUAUUAACAUUCAUAUUGCAGCAUCUUAUAUAUCUAGAGUGAGAAAAUAUUAUAGUUGGCAUUAAUGCAUUCCUGUUCUGAAAAAGGAACCGACUCUCCUUUUGGAAAGAAUUACACUGAAUAUUUACUUAAGACU